AUGCGAUUCUUGCUUGUGUUUGCUCUGCUCGCCUGCCUUGCGCAUGGCUUGUUUGUUGCCGCGCAAACUUCAGUUCCCGAACCCCAUGAGCUUAACAGUCUUGGAGAAAGAGAGGCCACUGCGAGCACGACAGCUGCCAGUGAAACCUUCAGUGACACAGCAUCACCAAGCGUAACAGAAUCAGCGAUAACGCACAGCAAUUCCACAGCGUCGUCGAAUGCAACCCUCCCAGCAUCCACAACUAUAACGUCCUUGAAUACGUCUCAAGCAUCGCAAGAUGGCAAGAACUCGACCAGCCCUAAUGCCCUUCCUAUCCAGCCCACAGUUACACCUGCUCUGGGAAUCGGCGGUUUCAUUCUCAUUGUCACAGGCGCCAUCCUCGCAGUGAUCGGCAUUCGCAAUCUGAGGGUACAAGUCUUCCUAUCCACGGCUUUUCUGACUAGCCUUGGGGUGACGGUUCUUAUUGUUUAUGUGAUGAGCCCUCCUGUCCGAGUUGCCGUGCAGGGGGCGUACCUCGUUGCCGUAUUCUUUACUGGCAUUACAUUCGGCGCGCUUGCGAUCGUUUUCAAGGAAUUGACCGAAGGCCUUGGAUGCCUACUUGGGGGAUUUUGCAGUAGCAUGUGGUUGCUUUCCUUGAAACCGGGGGGUCUUCUCACCACUACCGAUUCCAAAAGUGGGUUCAUCGGUGCAAUCUCAGUUGCUUUCUAUGCCUUGUCAUUCAGUCAUCAUACACGUCCUUACGGACUGAUUGUGUCAACUGGUAUUUCCGGGGGCACCGCUGUUGCACUUGGAAUCGAUUGUUUUAGUCGAGCAGGGUUAAAAGAGUUUUGGCUCUACAUAUGGGGUCUGAACGACAACAUCUUCCCGUUGAAUACGAAUACGUAUCCUAUCACCCGUAAUAUUCGUGUGGAGCUUGCUGCUACAGUUAUUAUUGCUAUCUUGGGUGUGGUCUCACAACUGAGGCUAUGGAAAGUGGUUCGUGAACGUCGACGGAAGGAGAAAGAGAAGCGCGAUGAAGAGCAGAAGAAGAAGGAAGAAGCCGAGGCCGAACUCGGACGAAAGCUGGAAGAGCAGAAUAUGCAAGAGCGGAAGGAGUGGGAAGCGAGAUAUGGUGGUGCCGAACCAGCCGCAGGCGUUUCGGAACUCGGAGAUGACACCAAAUGUCAGGCAGACGAGAUGGAUGCUAUGGAGAAGGGAGACGUUUACGACAUGAAAAGCAUAGCUGAGACAUCUGAAGGCUCCUACCGCUGUUCCGAUUGCAGGGAAAGAGAGGCAAACAGCGAUGCUGGGUCAGAUGUGACGGGAGCGACUGAAGGUGACUUCGACCACGCCCCGACUGGAACGGCCAAAGAAAUAUCAGAUAACCUGAAGGAGGAAAGUGGCCCACUGCCAAUCAAGGUCUUUGACGGUGCAGAUGCAGCCAAGAUAAAGGACGAUAAAAGUUCUGAUAUGACGGCUGUCAUUGGUUCAGAUACUGCAACGAUCCGCUCAAAGCGACUAUCCGGGCCAUCGUGCAUGCCACGGACGUCUCGAAACGACGAAUUGCCCAUGUCUCAGUCUCAAGAGGCCCUGGUGUCCGUUGAUGAUGGCACCUCAUCCGUGCACGGCACCGUAGACGAGGGCGGCAACCUGGACUCAGACUGCCCUACUGUUCACGAUGAUAGCCCUGGACUUACGGAUAAAGUUCCAGAGCCGGAUGAGAAGCCUCACGUCGAUGAGAAUGAGCAGCCGCAGGCAAAACCUAACCACCAAUCCCAUGGCAGAAAGUCACCAAUUGAUAGAGAUGGUGGUGAAAGAAGCACUCCGAACGGAAGCGAAGAAUCGCCCACUCCAGCCAUCGAAGAGGGACCUGGGAAAGACAAGACCAAAGGGGCCCUCAACGCAGAAUCACAUACCGCAGCUUCGGAGACCUCAUUGACAAUGGUCAACAGACAGAGUAAUGGAAGUUCUGGACGUGCCUCAGACAUCGUCCAAGAAGAAGAAAAGCUCGAAAGACCUUCAUCAACCCCCGCUGACUACCAAGGCGAAUCAGCUAUUGAGGAAGGAAGACAACCGAGAAAUGCCACCAAGGACACGGAGACUGCAACAGCUGUUUUGAAAGACCACGAAUACGACAAACCCCACUCCGACGGUCCCGAAAAGACCGACAUCAGCGAUAGCGAAAAUAAGAAACCUCAUGCAGAAGAUCCAUCGCUGCCGUCCCCUCAGAGCGGUAACGGAAACAAGAGCAAACGCAAGUCUCCAGAGCCACAGCCCAAAAUCGAGCCGGAGCCGAUCAAGCUUGAACCUCCCAAGUUGAACGAAGAGACGGUGAAGGAACUGCCAAAGCGGACAUCUAAAGUGGUACAAUCCUAUCGAACGAAUGAGUGGGCAAAGCAUCUGGCCGACGCCGAAGCCCCUGAGUUGGAACCCAUCAAGCCGAUCGAAGAAGAACAACCGGAGCAUUCCCCUGAGACAGAGGAGUCUGCAGCACCCGUCAACGUUGAAGAACUACUGCAAACACCGUUCAACGCACAUCCUCCUCCAGCAGUAGAGCCCCGUGUCCAAGAUACACCAAGCAGACGUGAGAGUCGACGGGUCUCCAACAGCUCUCAUAUAGACCAGAACAAAAAGAAGUCACCCAAUUCUCCCCCACCAACCGCACAGCCGCGCUUCAGCAAUGGAUACCAAACGAAUACGCUUCUCGGAAGCCCCGGGCUCACAGAACCACCUCCAGACGAAACCGAGGCUGCUAAACCCCAGUGGCGAGGUCCCGCGCCCCUGAUAGCAGUACGAGAGGACAUGAUGCGAAACAGGCUAUCAUCAUUCUCACUAACCAUGGAUCCAUACUCACGAACCAGUCCCGGACAAUUACCCGUUGAAAACCUGCAGCGCUCAGCUUCAUACCGAAUCCACGACGGGGCAGAUGACAUGCCGCUAUCUCAACGUCGCGCAAUGUUAUCUCAGCAGCAGCAAACAGUCACAACCCCACUCCCAGUGCACACUCCCUACUCAACUCCCCGGCGAGUUCAUUCAACCGGACCUUCCCCGACAAACACACCAGCCGCGAUGGCCGCAUGGCGGGAAUCCGUUCAGGAGGAUCUAAGAGAUAGGCGUAACCCUCUCGGCAAACAAGGCAUCCCUACAGGACCUCAGGACCGAAACAACCCGCCAGCUUAUACUCAAUCACAACAGCGGACUCCCUCCUCAAGUCAUAAUAUUGGGAAUGCAAUCGCCGAGGGUAUGCAACGAGGCGAUAUGAGCGAGUUGCAUCGCGAAGCCAUGCGCCGGAUGCAAGCUAAGGCGAAUAAAACUGUGAAAGGGGCGUGA